UGGACUCUUUUGAUUCUCCGAGUAAUUAUUUUGGACUCUUUUGAUUUUCCUGGUAGUGGACUCCUGGUGGUGGACUCUUUCUCUUCUCCCAGUGAUUCUUUUGGACUUUUGAUUCUCCUAUUGGUGGACUCUUUUGAUUCUCCUGGUGAUUCUUUUGGACUUUUGAUUUUCCUAGUGGUGAUUCUUUGCACUCUCAAUUCUCCCAGUAGUGAUUCUUUGAACUCUUUCGAUUCUCUCGGUGGUGAUUUUUUGGACUCUUUAGAUUCUCUCG